AUGCAUCUCUCCUUCAAAGUCGUCCUCGCCGUUGUUGCCGCUUUGACAGCGUCCAUGGCUAAUGCUGCUCUGGCUAUAAUUGCGUGGAACGAUAUGACCCAAAUUUUGACGAGUGUCCAGCAUAGGGCGAGAUUACUGGUUCACGACGCGCGGCCCGACGUGUUAAUCAAGAGACAGAGGACCACAGAACCCACUCAGUCGCCUGAGGAUGUGAUCGCCAACGUAAAUCCUGAGCCAAUACAAUCCUCUCCAGACACUAUAGUCGGUUCAAAUCCAACUUCGCCACCCUCGCUUCCUGCGCCACUUCAAGAAAAUACAGGCGCGACCUCAACAGGCCGAGUGGACGUUGCGAACGACGAGGCUUUGAUUGCAUUCACGCCUUCAGACACUGCAGUUGGUUCCAACCCAACUUCGCCAAGCUCCGUCACACCGUCGCCUGCUUAA